GGAGCUAUGCAGAGCUUGCGCUUCCUUUGCCGGAAACUGUAGCGAGGAUAUUGCGGAAACUGGGGGCAGGGCUAGUUCUCUUUCGUUCUGGCGGCUGAAGAAAGAUGACAAAAGGAACAUCAUCCUUUGGUAAGCGUCGCAAUAAAACGCACACUUUGUGCCGUCGAUGUGGGUCCAAGGCCUAUCAUCUCCAGAAGUCCACCUGUGGGAAAUGUGGAUAUCCUGCUAAGCGCAAGAGAAAGUACAACUGGAGUGCUAAGGCCAAGAGGCGCAACACUACCGGAACUGGCCGUAUGAGGCAUCUGAAAAAGGUCUACCGGAGAUUCAGGAAUGGAUUCCGUGAAGGAACUGCGCCAAAGCCCAAGAGAGCUGCUGUUGCAGCAUCCAGCUCAUCUUAAGGACUCAAAUGUCUGUUUAAAAUAAAUGGCCUGAACCAUGAAGAAUAA